GUCACUCAAAAGCUCUCAAAAGCUCUCUGGCACCCAGAGAACAGUGUGUCCACAGCUCAACCUAGAAGAGCACAGCCAUGGUCCUCUGGGGUCUGGUGCUGGGAGCCCUGCUGGUGGUCACCAUGGGGUGCCUGUGUCUGCUGGGGCUGCUCCGGCAACGCAGGCCCCAGGAGCCCCCUCUGGAUAAGGGCUCCAUACCCUGGCUGGGCCAUGCCGUGGCUUUCCGGAAGAAUAUGUUUGAAUUCCUGAAGCACAUGCGGGCCAAGCAUGGAGAUGUGUUCACAGUGCAGCUAGGGGGCCAGUACUUUACCUUUGUCAUGGACCCCCUUUCCUUUGGCCCCAUCCUCAAGGAUGCACAGAGAAAACUAGACUUCGUGGAGUAUGCAGAAAAACUGGUGCUAAAGGUAUUUGGAUACCAGUCGGUGCAAGGAGACUACCGGAUGAUACACUCUGCCAGCACCAAAUACCUCAUGGGGGAUGGCUUGGAGGAUCUCAACAAAACCAUGCUGGACAGCCUGGCCCUGGUUAUGCUGGGGCCCACGGGCCGGAGUCUGGAUUCUAGCUGCUGGCAUGAAGACGGCCUCUUCCACUUCUGCUACAAUGUCUUGUUCAAGGCUGGCUACCUGAGCUUAUUCGGCUACACAAAGGACCAGGAGCAAGACCUGCGACAGGCAGAGGAGUUAUUUGCCCAGUUCCGCAAGUUUGACCGCUUGUUCCCCAGGUUUGUGUACUCCCUGCUGGGGCCCCGGGAGUGGCUAGAAGUGGGCCGGCUCCAGAGUCUCUUCCAUAAGACACUCUCUGUGCGGCACAACUUGGAAAAGAAUGGCAUCAGCAACUGGAUAUCCUACAUGCUUCACUAUCUGAGGGAGCAGGGAGUAGACCCAGCCAUGCAGGACAAGUUCAACUUCAUGAUGCUCUGGGCCUCCCAGGGGAACACGGGCCCGGCCUCUUUCUGGGCCCUCUUGUUCCUGCUCAAGCACCCAGAAGCCAUGCGGGCUGUGAGGGAGGAGGCCACCCAAGUCCUGGGAGAAGCGAGGCUGAAGGCCAGGCUGUCCUUUGACUUUGAUGUCAGUGCCCUGCACCACACUCCGGUGCUGGACAGUGUGAUGGAGGAGACGCUGCGGCUGGGGGCUGCGCCCACCCUCCUCCGAGUGGUACACAGUGACCAUGUCCUGAAGAUGGCCAAUGGACAGGAGUACCUGCUCCGAAGCAAAGACAUCGUGGCCCUCUUUCCCUAUAUUUCAGUGCACAUGGAUCCUGACAUCCACCCGCAACCCACGGCCUUCAAGUAUGAUCGCUUCCUCAACCCCAAUGGUAGCCGGAAAGUGGACUUCUACAAGGCCGGCAAGAAGAUCCACCACUACACCAUGCCGUGGGGCUCAGGUGUCUCCAUCUGCCCUGGGAGGUUUCUGGCCAUCAGUGAGAUGAAGCUCUUCGUCCUCCUCAUGGUCACAUACUUUGACCUGGAGCUGGUAGACCCUGCCACACCUGUGCCACCCGUGGAUCCCCACCGCUGGGGCUUCGGCACCACCCAGCCCAGCCACGAGGUGCGCUUCCGUUACCGCCUGCGACCUACUAACUGAGCUCUGCCAAGAUGGCCGCGAGCCUGGCCUCAAGACCCCCCUUGGGCUCUCCACCCCCUCCAGCCCCUCUGAAGCCCCACCCUUCCCUCUGGUUCUGUGGGAUCUCCUACCUCUGUCCUGGCCGCCUUCCUUGCUCUCGGGCUUUUCUCUACCUACUUGAGAGGCUUCUCCAGCUCUCUUGAAAACACUAUCACUCAGAGUGGAUUCUGCAGAACCCCCCCCCAUACAAAGCCCAGAGGAAGGGAAAGUAUCUGGGGAAAAACUUAGUUUGGCAAAUAAUGCGCGUACCUUGACAAGUCCUGCAGUACAGAAACGGGCUAUCAUGAGUAAACAGUGUCCUGCAAGUCCUACAAGUUACCCUCCAGCCUCCCACCUCACUUUAUUAUUGUCCUCAAUGCCUAUUCUACAGCCUGUGGACUUCAGGUUCGUCCAGAGCAAGACAAGGCAAGCCACAGGUGUAAUUUUUCAUUUCCUAGUUGACACAUUUUUUUUUAAAGAUUUAUUUAUUUAUUUGACAGAGAUAGACAGCCAGCGAGAGAGGGAACACAAGCAGGGGGAGUGGGAGAGGAAGAAGCA